UGAGAGCUCAAACACAAGUUUCAUUACUUGCUGUUUGAGUGCAACAAGGUUAAUAAAACCAACCUUAUGCAUAGAUGGAUCAUUCACCACUUUAUAGUAACCGAUUCCCUCAGACCUCAAACUCAACCAAGAAGGGACGUAGUGGUUAUGAGCCAUCAGACACGGAAACAGAAUGGCAAGAGAUUCCACGGCACGAACGAGAAAGAAGGAACUUCACUUUAGGACUAGAAGAAACAAAAGCACUGAAAAGUCCCAUGGCAUUACACAGGAGGCAUCCUUCAAGGUUUGAACACGAAGUUUCAUCAGCUUCAACAGCUUCAGUACCACGAAGAAGACAUCACAGCAAAUCACCCUAUAAGCUGCGCAUACCAGGAGAUGAUGCUGCUGCUGCUUCAUCAUCAUCAACAGGUUUGAACACACGCAGAAGCAUUAGUCCCUUGCCGAGACCUGACCUUGGAAGAACCGUGUCUCCCUUCAGCAGAAUUCAGGAGCAAAGAACUGAGAAGCCACUUUACAAGAGAUCAGUGACUGCUCCGAGGUUGAGGGUGCAAGAGAAUAACCUCGGAGGGAGAAACAAAGACAUGGUCAUGAGACAAAGGGAAGCUUCUAUUUUCAAAGCGCCUUCGGUUGGAGAAAUCAACGAAAGGAUAGCAGAGGUGAAGCUGGCUAAAGAUCCCACUAGUGAUUAUUCAUCGGUGCUUGAGAGCACUGAUUCCAUUAACCCGGGUGACCUUUUCUUUUCUCAUGAAUGCAAUGCCUUCCAUGGGAAGAAUUCUUCGCUGCCAAAACUCAUCCAACAAAAUGAGUAUUUCAGUCCAAGGCCAACGGUUAACACUGUGAGAACUCCAUCUGAAAGCAAAGGAAAUGGUAACCUUAAGCUUAAUAUGAAUAUGAAUGUCUUGUCUCGACCAACCACAGGUUUAAGUUCUGCUGUUACGAACAGAAAGGGCAGUGACACUGGGAAGCCAAGUAGUGUGACAAGCGAAGGUAGUGGGAAGACAACUGCAAGCAUGAGGAAGUUCAUAUCCAACAGAAAAAAUAACCAGAAAGAUACGUGGUUUGCUUGUAUGAGAACAGGUAACUGUAGAACCACGAGAAAAUCUCCUAAACGUAGACCGAUUGAUGAAUCUUCUUUCAUUGAGAGGGCAGUGGUAGUGCAAAAACUCCCACAAUUUUGGGCAGAUAAACACCAACCGGCGUCACUUGAUGGCUUCAUUUGCAACAAACAAGAAGCUCAACUUCUCAAGGAAUUGGUGUCUCACGGUCCUUGUCCUCAUAUUUUGCUCAAAGGACCCUCUGGUUCCGGGAAAAGAGAACUAGCAAUGGCUCUUCUUCGUGAAAUAUAUGGUGAUGCAAUUUGUAAUGACCAAAGGCUUAAGAAAGUAUCUUUUCCAAUAACAUCGAGUUCUCAUCACAUGGAGCUCAAUGUAAAUUCAGAACCAAAUGCUAAAUAUGCUUUAAUGGGAUUAAUCAAAGAAAUUAACAAUAUAUAUGCGAUUGCCCCUGAAGUCAGCAACAUUAAUUUCAAGUUAGAUUAUAAAGUAAUAGUUCUUUAUGACGUCCACAAAGCAGUAGAUAACAUCCUGCACAUUAUCAAAUGGAUCAUAGACCGCUAUUCUGAUAUAUGCAAACUUGUACUCUGCUGUGAAGAUGAUGCAAGCAUUAUUGAACCAGUGAAAAACCGGUUCAAAGUCAUUCAAGUUGAUGCUCCUCAAACUCACGAAAUUAUUGAGGUUCUUAUUCAGGUAGCAAAGAAUGAGGAAAUUGAUCUAUCCAUGAAUUUUGCUGUAAAAAUUGCUGCAAAAUCUAAGCAGAACCUCAGAAAAGCAAUCAUGGCUCUUGAAGCAUGCAAAGCACACAACUAUCCAUUUUCAGAAGAACAACCAAUUCCGGUUGGAUGGGAGGAGACUGUAAUAGAAGUUGCCGCAGAGAUCCUAGCAGAUCCAUCGUUUUCACGCUUACUCUCAAUACGAGGGAAAUUUCAAAUACUUCUCUUGGAUUUUGUCCACCCGAAAUUGAUUCUCCAGAAACUGGUGGAACAGCUCCUAAAGAGAAUUGAGUCCAGCUUAAAAAGGGAGCUUUACUACUGGCAUGCUUAUUAUGAUAGAAGACUCCCACCAGGAAUAACAGCUCUACUAAAGCUAGAAGAAUUUGUGGCCAAGUUCAUGAGCAUGUGCAGAAAAAGCUCUGGCAGUCGGCAAUAUGUGUAGGUUAAAAUGGAUGUCACUGCAGGAUGAACCCUCAUUCAGACACAGUUAAGAAUGUCAAAUAUCUUAUGAGCAGAACUGAUGAACGUUUUAGUAGAAGAACGUGAUUCAGUAUACCCUAUUGAAAGAAAAAUGUUUUAGUAGAGAUGAGAACGGAAAGUAAACCAAAUUCUGUUUCUUUUCUUCUACUGUGAAAUGUGAACUAAUUGUGUCCACAUUUUUAACAACCACUUCAUACAGGGAUAUUCAUAAC